GAGAGAGGCGUGACUAUCAUGGAUCCUCUGGGGAGCCUCAAAAACAUCCUGAUGCUGACGAGGCAGAGAAGAGUCUCUCCAGAUCACAACUCCUCCAGAAACACCAGCAGAGACCCACAGGGAAGAAAUCUAACUGCUGCUCUGACUGUGGGAAAAGAUUCAACUCUUCAGUAAAACUUAAAAUACACCAGAGAACACACAAAGGAGAGAAAUCUUUUAACUGUAAUCAAUGUGGGAAGAGUUUUACUACAUCUGGCUCUCUGAUUUUACACCAGAGAACACACACAGGAGAGAAACCUUAUAGCUGUGAUCAAUGUGGGAAGAGUUUUACAACAUCUAGCCAGCUGACUAUACACCAGAGAAUACACACAGGAGAGAAACCUUAUAGCUGUGAUCAAUGUGGGAAGAGUUUUACCACAUCUGGUCAUCUGACUUUACACCAGAGAACACACACAGGAGAGAAACCUUAUAGCUGUGGUCAAUGUGGGAAGAGUUUUGGUCAAGCUAGCCAGCUGACAGUACACCAGAGAACACACACAGGAGAGAAAUCUUAUAGCUGUGGUCAAUGUGGGAAGAGUUUUGGUCAAUCUAUCAAUCUGAAAGUGCACCAGAGAAGACACAUAGGAGAGAAACUCUAUAGUUGUGAUCAUUGUGGGAAGAGUUUUGUUACAUCUGACCAGCUGACAGUACACCAGAGAAUACACACAGGAGAGAAACCUUAUAGCUGUGAUCAAUGUGGGAAGAGUUUUACUACAUCUGGCUCUCUGACUUUACACCAGAGAACACAUACAGGAGAGAAACCUUAUGGCUGUGGUCAAUGUGGAAAGAGUUUUGGUCAAUCUAGCCAGCUGACAUUACACCAGAGAACACACACAGGAGAGAAACCUUUUAGCUGUGGUCAAUGUGGAAAGAGUUUUUGUCAAUCUAGCAAUCUGACAGUGCACCAGAGAAGACACACAGGAGAGAAAGCCUAUAGUUGUGAUCAAUGUGGGAAGAGUUUUGUUAAAUCUGACCAGCUGACGGUACACCAGAGAAUACACACAGGAGAGAAACCUUAUAGCUGUGAUCAAUGUGGGAAGAGUUUUACUACAUCUGGCUCUCUGACUGUACACCAGAGAAUACACACAGGAGAGAAACCGUAUAGCUGUGAUCAAUGUGGUAAGAGUUUUGGUCAAUCUAGCCAGCUGACAUUACACCAGGGAAAACACACAGGACAGGAACCUUAUAGUUGUGGUCAAUGUGGGAAGCGUUUUGGUCAAUCUAGCCAGCUGACAUUACACCAGAGAACACACACAGGAGAGAAAUCUUGGAGCUGUGAUCAAUGUGGGAAGAGAUACUCUAGUAAAAGAUCUCUGAGCAAACAUCAGAAAAUACAUGAAGGAGAAGAGAAAGACGUUUCAGUGAAAGAAGAGGAGGAGGGGGAGAUUACGGUCUCAUCGGAAGAAGAGGAUGAGGAAACUGGAUAUCUGGGCCCGAUUUCCCAAACGCAAUUUAAGGCAUCCAGUGGUUCUAAAGAUGAACUUAGCCAUAAGAUGGUUUUGAGAAACCGGGCCGUGAUUACCACUGGAGAGAGAUGUGACUAUCGUGGAUCCUCUGGGGAGCCUCGACAACAUCAUGAGGCAGAGAAAAGUCUCUCCAGAUCAGACCUCCUCAAGAAACACCAGCAGAGAUCCACAGGGAAGAAAUCUCACUGCUGCUCUGACUGUGGGAAAUGUUGCAAAUCUUCAUCAGAACUUAAAAUACACCAGAGAACACACACAGGAGAGAAACCAUAUGGCUGUGCUCAAUGUGGGAAGAGUUUUUCUACAUCUAGCCAUCUGACUGUACACCAGAGAACACACACAGGAGAGAAACCAUAUAGCUGUGAUCAAUGUGGGAAGAGUUUUGCUAAAUCUAGCCAUCUGACUGUACACCAGAGAACACACACAGGAGAGAAACCAUAUAGCUGUGAUCAAUGUGGGAAGAGUUUUGCUAAAUCUAGCCAUCUGACUACACACCAGAGAACACACACAGGAGAGAAACCAUAUAGCUGUGAUCAAUGUGGGAAGAGUUUUGCUAAAUCUAGCCAUCUGACUGCACACCAUAGAAAACACACAGGAGAGAAACCAUAUAGCUGUAAUCAAUGUGGGAAGAGUUUUUCUACUCCUGGCUAUCUAACUAUGCACCAGAGAAUACACACAGGAGAGAAACCAUAUAGCUGUAAUCAAUGUGGGAAGAGUUUUUCUACUCCUGGCUAUCUAACUAUACACCAUAGAACACACACAGGAGAAAAACCAUAUAACUGUGAUCAAUGUGGGAAGAGUUUUACUUGGCCAAAAAGCCUGAAUAUACACAAGCGGACACACACAGGGGAAGAGAUACUCUGAUAAAAGAUCUCUGAUUAAACAUCAAAUACAUGAAGGAAUUGUUUCAUGAUAUCAAUUAAAUAAUGUCACAAUGUAGAAUGUUUUAACAUUGUAGUAGGAGUAUUUUAAUGAUGUCACAAUGUAGAACCCUAAACGUUUGUCCCCUGUUCUAUUGAUUUCAACAUGAUAUGGAUAUUAGACUCAGGGGGAAAAUCCAGGCUCUGAAUGGAAAGAGUACUAUUUAUGUGAUUUAUCAGAAAGUGACUAACACAAAAAUAGCUGUGUUACACUUACCACAUUGGUGACCCACUAGAAUCAAAAUACAACACUUCAAAAUGUAACUUGCUGUUUUCUACAAGUUGUCCUCUAACCAGGGAUGUACACAUUAUUCCCAGAUUCCGUGUGGUUUUUGAGCUGUUAGUUUUAACAGGACGUGCAACCUCAUCUCCCUUCUGUCACACAACUGAUUUCAACAUGAUAUCGAUGAGUGAUGACAAAUAAGUGUUGUGUUCCUUUGUUUAGCGACCCCUACAUUUAAAUGCAUCACUCCAAAAUGUAGCUGACUGUCUUCUGCAGGUUGUCCUCUAAUCAGUGAGGUAAAAUAUAUCUCCCAUUUCCAUGUGUUUUUUUGUUGUGUUAGUUUCAACAGCACGUACAACCUGAUUUCCCCCCUAAUUAAUAUCAGUGAUUUAUUGCUACUUGUCAAAACAACAGCGUUUUUGGUGCUUGUGCAGUUAAUAAGGAGCUUGUUUAAAAAAUACAAGUAAUGUGAUUAUUGUGGCAGUUUGUGUAUAUCGUACAUUUUAUGUUUAGGUUUUCAAUAUAUCACAAACUGUUUCUGCAUAUUGGUUAUUGAUUUAGACACAUUAUAACUGUGUUUGGACAUUGGCCCACUGUUCCUAGGCCGUCGUUGUUAAAUAAAAAGUAGAGUUCUAGAAUCUAGUGAGUUUUAGGAUUCUAUAGAAAGAAAAAUGCUGCCAUUUUAAUAUUUGAGAAAUUAACCAAUGAUAUUAGGCCACUCUUGGCCAUGAUUACAGACACCUGUGUGUCUUGACGCUAUAUAUAAACGAGUCAACCCGCAGUGUCUGUGAUUGUACCUUGAUGAAGACAGCUUGCCUGUCAAAACGUUGGUAAAUUAAAUAUUUUUGCAUCUGAGCUAGUGUGCGGCUCUCCUUUAUUUUUGAGGUUGGACUUAAGCAAGUAUAGCUCGUUAGCACGUAGGACGCACUGAUUGGUGUCACCUCGUUAGUCUGUAUGUGUUACACCUGUGCUGGCUUGUCCAUCUCGUUAGUGGGAAGGUGUUUCACCUGAGCUGGUCCAGGUUCUAUUUAAGAGUGUCUGGCCCAGUGCUCCAGUUGUCUUGCUAGAUGUGGAGAGUCAACACCUUUAGUUGCUCCACCUUUUUGGUUUGCUUCCUGUCUUUAAGUUUGGUGUGGGUUUUCUUUUGUUUGCCUCUUCUUGGGCAGAUUUAGUGGGUGUCAUAGUGGGUGUCUUUUAGGUCCCAGUUGUUACCAGUCAAUUUUCAAUCGAUGCCCCCGUAGUGUCUUUCAGAGCCCCUCCUAAAAAACAAGUUAUGUUUUGGGUUGGAUGUAGCAUUAUAUUGUUAAUAUUUGAAUCAAUGGCAUUUCCUUUGCAAUGCUCAUUAGUCUUUCAGUUGUUCUUUGUUUUUUUAUCCUCAAUAUUUCUGUUUUUUUUUCAUUGUUUUUUUUCUGAGAAGCCAUUGUGUUGCAUCCAUGUCUGAAAUGUGCUUAGGUCCCAGUUGUUGUUACUAGUCAAUUUACAGUAGACACCCUCAUAGUGCCUUUCAGAACCCUCCUAAAAAACAAGCUAAUAUUUUGGGUUGGUUAUUGCAUCCAAUAAAUAUUUUAAUCAAUGGAAUUUCCUUGAAAUGUUCAUUUUUCUUCUGUUUGUGUACUAACUUUUUGAUUAAUUUCAUAGUCUUUUAUUUGUUUUUUUCUUGUUCCUGUUCCAUUCAUGGCAGAAA